CUCCAAGAAAUCAAUCUUGAAAUGGGAUUUUUCUCUAAGUCAUGAGCUCUCCUCACAAGCUUCCCUACACUAGUGGCUUCUAGUGUGAUCUCCUAGGGGAAGCCCUACCCAACCAGAGUCUCAGGCAUUUUUCUUCAAGGGCUUUCCUCAAGCUUAAGCUACCUCUUAGAGGAGGUUCCUCCUAAAUACUACGCUAGGGGAUCGUUAGGUUCAUUUUGUACUCCAUUUUAUAUCCUAGGAUCUUGGAUGUUGGGUUUGGGACUUCAACCCUUGUUGCCCAUGGUCUAAGGGCAAGGGUUGUUACAAUUACAGCCUUAGUAGUCCCACAAGCCACCGUCUCUACGCCUAUUCAUCUGCGACGCCUAUUCCUCUGCGACGCCUAUUCAUCUGCAACGCAUAUUUCUCCGCGACGCGUAUUUCUUUGCUCCGCAUAUUUCUGCCACCUCAGCGUGCAUCCGCCAUGCCGGUGCAGCAGAAGCGGCAGUUCCGGAAGCGGAAAGCGCUGGAGGAGGAGGAGGGGGACGGCGGAGGGGAGCCCGAGGAACAGAAGGACGUCCGCUCCGCCCUAGAGGAGGUGCGCCUACUGCAGCAGCAGCGCGUGCGCCUCAAGGGAAUCGCUGCAGAUGGCGCCCUGACAGGCGCGGAGGGGGCGGAGGGGAAGGGGGUAGGAGCGGGGGUGCAGGGGGAGGCGGGGGAAGAGGGCGAGGGGGGGGAGGAGCUGGUGCUACAGGACACAUUUGCGCAGGAGACGGCGAUUACUGUAGAAGACCCGAACAUGCUCAAGUAUAUCGAGGAGGAGCUCGCGAAGAGACGAGGGGGGGGGGCGGGGGCAGAGGGGGGCGGGAGGAGAGAGGGGGAAGGAGAGGAGGAUGGGCUGCGGGCGGAAGACAAGCUGUACGAGAUUCCACAGCACUUGCAGGUGGGGAAAUUAGAGGGUGAGGAGGGCGGGACAGCGUGGACCACAGGCAUUGCAGAGGUGCAGCUCCCCAUCGACUAUAAGCUGAGCAACAUCGAGGCAACGGAGGAGGCUAAGCGCAUGCUGCAGGAGAGGAGGCCCUUUAUGGCACGCCCACGCCCUCCCUCCACCACGCUGCCUGCCAGCUACAGUGCAGACUUCUUUCAGCGCGGCCGCGAAUACGCGGAGAAGCUUAAAAGGGACAACCCCGACAUGUUCCGGGACUCCAGAGGGGGAGGCCGUGGUGGCAGGGGAGGGGGAGGGGGGAGAGGAGGGGGAGGGGGGUACAGUGGGGGGGAUAAUUACCAGCAGGGGGAUGGGGCUGGGGGUGGAGGGGGAUAUGGAGGUGGGGGUGGGUAUGGGGGUGGGGGGAGAGGAGGGGGGGAGAGGCGGCAGGCAGCAACGGAUGAUCUUAUUCUGGAGCGGUUCAGGAAGCGGGAGAGAAACCGAGUCAUGCGCCGAUAGCCUGCCGUUACUGCUGCUGCUGUUGUUUUACUGCUGAGAAGGCGGGGUGGGGAGAGGCGACAGGCAGCAAUGGAUGAUCUCAUUCUGGAGAGAUCCAAGAAGUGGGAGAGGGACCAAGUCAUGCGCUGAUAACAGCUUUUGCCUGCACAUCUCGUCCUGCUGUUACCAGUGCUGUUGCUGCUGCUGUUGCUACUGCUGCUGCUUGUAAGGAAUUACGAUUCCUUACUGGGGCUCACUUCAGCGAGUACACGCAAACCCUUCGGGUCCGCAGGCUCGGCCCCCGGUUCUCGCGCCAAACCAACCCCCGCCGAUCUAUUCGGCCCCCAACCUCAUCCUGAGUCGCCCGGAACCCAUUUCGCCCCCGUCGCCCUCAGGACUCGAGCCCUUGAUUGGUCCAACCCUCGACAUUCAACCCUGCUCAAUUGCCCUACAUAUUCCCUAAGCCCUCAUUUGUAUCGUCAUUCUGUAAUCACGUUCCCCUUAUUGAAUACUGCGCUAUUCUCUUGAGUUAUAAUUCAUAACAACUGUUAUCACAGCUACG